AUGAAAAGUCCGGAGAAGGGCCACAGGAUAUAUCCAGGGAGAGGUUACAUGAAAAGUCCGGAAAAGGGCAACAGGAAAUAUCCAGGGAGAUGUUACAAGGAAAGUCCGGAAAAGGACUACAGUAUAUAUCCAGGAAGAGGCUACAUGAAAAGUCCGGAGAAGGGCCACAGGAUAUAUCCAGGGAGAGGUUACAAGGAAAGUCCGGAGAAGGGCCACAGUAUAUAUCCAGGGAGAGGCUACAAGGAAAGUCCGGAGAAGGACUACAGGAUAUAUUCAGGGAAAGGUCACAAGGAAAGCGCGGAGAAGGGCCACAGGAUAUAUCAAGGUAGAGGCUACAAGGAAAGUCCGGAGAAAGGAUACAGGGUAUAUCCAGGUAUAGGUUACAAGGAAAGUCCGGAGAAGGGCCACAUUAUAUCCAGGUAUAGGUUACAAGGAAAGUCCGGAGAAGGGCCACAUUAUAUCCAGGGAGAGGUUACAAGGAAAGUCCGGAAAAGGGAUACAUGGUAUAUCCAGGGAGAGGUUAAUUGA